AUCGUCAAACAAACCGUCGACGACAGUUAUUCAGUACGCUGCGGUAGUAGCAGCUGUAAUAGUAGUAGUAGUAGUAGUAGUAGUAGUAGUAGUAGUGUGGUAGUCGUAUGGUAGUAAUAGUACGGUAGUAGUAGUAGUAGAAGCAGUACUGUUACACUCUACUUUCACUGGCGCAACACCAAAACGGGUAUCGAAGACUAUAGCUUUCGACCGACCGUCCGCGACUCGGGCCAGUGUGAUAAACUCGCGCGCGGGCACGUCGCAAAUACAUUUUCAGUCGAUAAUAUUCGAGCGGGCUUCGUUUUCCUAGUCUUGGUCGGGAAAAAUCGAAUCGGAACACGUCCGAAACCACCGCGGUGACCGAAAGUCGCAGGAUUCUCUUUGAAUUCCGCAGCGCGAAAACCGCCGACCGCAGAUCUCCACCGCCGGCGGCGUGAUGGAUACCACCACAGCGACCUUCGUCUGGUUGGCCCUGUGUUGCUGCUGCUCGUCGUUCGCCGCCCCGGUGCCCGACCGACGACUGCGACAGACCGACCGCGUCGCAGGAAAUCCCGCGACGCCCGACCGCGUCGCCGCCGACGCCACCACUUCCGACCAACCGUUCGAUCCGACGCUGGACGCCUUAGCGGACGCCAAGUACGACGAAUCCGACGACGAGGACAACGGCAAAAACGGCGGAACCGAAGACAGGGAGAAGCGGCAGUUGUCCUUCGUCCAGGGCAGGCUGUUGAAUUUUUUGAAACCGUUACCAGUGGUCGAUGUGACUAAAGAAGAUGAGAAAUACGGCAACGACGGUGACAAGUUUAACAGGAUCGGAAGAGGUUUUAUCGGCGGCGUGGAAUCCGUGUCCAAUAUGCUGACCUCGGCGCUUUCGUUUCCAGUGGAUACCGCGAAAAAAUUAUCCAGGUCAGCUACCGAAAUGUUAAACAAUUUAGGUGGAAGAUUAAUAGGACUGCAAUGACAACAUAAAUCUGUUAUAAACAGUGCCUAUAUACAAUAAAUUUGUAAUAUUGUACUUGGUAUUAACUCUUAAGCCG